AUGGCCGCCAGCACAUAUCUCUCAGUCCUCGCCGCGGUCGUCGCCUUGAUAGUCGGCGCAGUAUACCUGUUCGGCGUCCCUCCCCAGUGGAAGCGCGCAAUGGAGGAGAAGGCCCUCGAGACAAUGGGCGAGAACAAGGCCUCGUAUCUGGUCAAGGAUCAAAUCAACAGCCUCCCUGCGUCGGACCAGAAGGAGAUCGGCGAGAUCAAAUCAGGAGUCGGAAAUCUCGUCGGAGGAGCACUCCAGAAUCCCCUUGGCAAAGAGGCAGAACAGGCAGGAGACACUCUCACUAGUCCCCUGACUGGUCGUUGA